CCCAGAUCGUAUCAUGGCGCUCAAACUUCCAGCGCAUCUCACUUACAAGACUGCAAUUGCGCUGCUGCCACGAGCUAGUAUCACGCCGCCAAUCGAAGCCGUGCGUUACAUUCACGACAAGAACUACAGAAGAUGGCCGCCUCACAUCAACUUGAUCUAUCCAUUCCUUGCGUCGCCGCUGGAGACUACAGAUAGCAAUGCUCCUCGGUUGAGUCAGGCCAUACAGGCACGCCUCGAGAAGGCCACCUCUGGCAUUCGAGCUUUUCAAGUUUCACUCGGUGCUGACCCACCUCGUACAUUCACGCACAGCAAAACCAGCAGAACUGUAUGGCUUGGACCGGUCCCUGAUGAGAACGUCAAGGAGCUGCAGUCAGCUUUGCAAGCUGAGUUUGGUGAAUGCGACAGCGAUCAACGAGCUUUCACGCCUCAUCUUUCGGUUGGCCAGGCACGGACUGACAAAGUAGCGGAGCAGCUCAGCAAAGAAAUCACUAACGGCAUCGCUGGGUUCUGCCAACUUCAAGAUGGUGCUCCCAAGACUCUGGGGUGGCUUGUUGAUAAGGUCUACGUAAUCGAACGAAAGGGCUUCCAUGGCCGAUUCACAGUUGUUGGCUCAGUCGACCUGGCACAGGAACAUCAAACAAGCUGAAUCCCUCCACUGCAACCACGCAGCUACCUGAACAUAUCUCAGUUGUUCGCGAAGAAUUCCUUCAAGUUCUCGUCAAGCCACUUGACGUCUUCAGUACUCUGACCAGGACCUAGGAAUGUUAGCUUCGAGCUCCACAUCCAACAAACGGAUACAAUACUUACCACCAGCCCAGUGACCCCAAAUACUAGGGAACACCUUCAGAGUUCCAACGCCCGGUCUCAUAGCCUCGACCUCAAUCUCCGAGUCCUCCGGUG